CCCUGAACUUCCCUUUCCCCUCCUCCUCCCCCCUUUCCUCACACCCUCUCCUGUCACGCGAGUCGUUGCCGACCCGGACGCUCGCUUCCCUCUCUCCUCCUUAUCGACCCCUUCCAGCCCUUGUCAGGGACCAGCUUCCUCUUUCUCAGCCAGCGAACAAUUCCUAUUCGCUUUUAUUCACUUGUACCUCUACACGCUCUUCAUCUCAAUCGCCCAAUCCCCUUGUAGACUCAGUCUCAGUCUCAGUCUCAUCUUCACCUCAUCGUUUUUCCUUACUCGACUCAACCUCACAUUACGCGCGCUCUUGCUCACUCAGUUGUCAGCCCUUUCCUUUAACCAUAAUAAUGAAGUUUACCUCCAUCCUCUCCCUGGUGAUCGCCUUGGGCGUCGUCUCCGUCAAUGCCGCUCCAAUUGACAGCGCACCAAAGUCUACUACCACCACUACCAAGGCCGCUACGACCACCAAAGCGGCUACGACCACCAAAGCGGCUACGACCACCAAAGCGGCUACGACCACCAAAGCGGCUACGACCACCAAAGCGGCUACGACCACCAAAGCGGCUACGACCACCAAAGCGGCUACGACCACCAAAGCGGCUACGACCACCAAAGCGGCUACGACCACCAAAGCGGCUACGACCACCAAAGCUGUUACGACCACCAAAGCGGUUACGACCACCAAAGCUGCUACCACUACCAAAGCUGCUACCACUACCAAAGCUGCUACCACUACCAAAACGGCUACCACUACCAAGACUACCACCACUGCAGCCAAAUCAACGACUUCUCCUCAGCCUAAACCCAAGGACCCCUGCAGCGAAUUGGCGGCCCAAGGCAAGAACUCGGACUCGUUGUUGAAGUUCAACACGGUGCGGGAUUGCUACCGUGCCCAGAGUUUCAAGGCCGAUGUCGCAGAGAAGACUCUGACGUCCCUCGAGAGCUUGAUCGGUAACUUUUACGUGUUUGUGGACCAGGCCAAGGAGCCCACGAAGGCUCCGUUCAAGACCGCAACGGUCGAUUUGAUGGCCGGGUUGAAGAAGAUUCGGGCAACCAAGUGGACGAACGAUUAUGACUUCCAGAUGGCGCUGACUUACUUGACCUUCUCGGCUAAUGAUGGUCAUCUCGCCUACAGAAGCGAUUGCUAUCAUACGGCUUCAUUCGCACAGCCGAUUUCAUUGUACGCACCCGUGGUCAACGGCGUCCAGACCGUGCGAGUUUUCUAUGCGGACGACACCCAGAAGGGCGUCCCCAAGACAGGCAUCGUCGACUGCGCCGUUCAGACGAUUGACGGCGUCCCAGCCCUGAAGGCCAUUCAGGACUUUACGGACCGGACCUCGGCGAUCUCUAAAGACCCCGGUGUCCGUCUGAACGACGCUCUGGCCUCGACAUCCUGGUACAAUGAUUGGCUCAUCAGUCCCGGAGGCUUCUCCAAACGCUGGGAAGUUCCCAAGAAGUCCUCGAUGGAGUACACGAUCCAGUGCGGUACCGGCGCGGUCCAGAAACUGACGGUCCCCUGGAUUGUUCAGCCCUCGGAUGAUUUUGAGUUCAACACGUUCAAGGAUACGAAGACCUAUUGGGACGUCCAGUGCUUGGCGCCGCUCUCGCCGUACGAUAACAACCGCAAUAAGAACAACUCCAAAAAUGGAACGAACAAUGGAAUCGCGCCCAGGUGGAACGAGGCCCCGGCCACGACAUUGUACCGUGAGCGUGGAGCGAUCAGAUUGCCCAAGGGCGGAAAGAACGGACGUAACGGUGGGGCACAGACGAUCACGAAGGCAACCGAGGUUCUGAUCACGGCGACGACGGCGUUCUACAAGAUCAACAAGUCGAAUGCCUGUGUUGCAGUUAUUGCAUCGGAGGAGGCUGCGUACUUCAAGUUCGAUGCGUCGGAUUAUCUUCAGUUCAUCCAGGGGCUCGAGACCCUCCGCGACGGUGGAUGCAAGAAACUGAUCCUGGACAUGACCAACAACGGUGGUGGAUCGGUCGAUUUCGCCUACUUUAUUAACGCGCUGAUGUUCCCGAAGGCCAAGCCCUAUUUCGUCGAGGACCUCCGUGCGAAUGAUUAUGUCCAGGGCGCUGCCAAGGUUGCGAUCAAGCAGGCUCAGGCGCGCUCGGUCUUUGAUGCCCGUGGAUACAAUAGCGUUGCGACCUCGAAGCCCUACACGGAUGCCUCGAUGUUCACGAAGCCUGUGAGCCUGAAGCGCGGCGGUACAACCCAAACCUACACCCAGAAGAACUACUUCGACUACGCAUGGCCCUUCCUGCCCUUGGCCAAGAACCACACCCUGCCCUGGAAGCCCUCGGACAUGGCCAUUGUCACGAACGGGUUCUGUGGAUCUGCCUGCACGAUGAUCGCGACCCGUUUCAACAUCGAGCACAAGGUCAAGACCUAUGCCGUUGGAGGCAUCUACAAGACCCCGCUUUCGUAUUUCUCCUUCCCUGGUGGCUUCGUGAUGGAUAACGAGAGUUUGGUGUCGGAUAUCAAGCAGCUGAAUUAUAAGACCAAGGGUGGUCCUCAGAAGUUGCCGGUGAGGGGCACGGCGAAUGUGGCUGUCGGAGAGAUCUAUGCGACGGAGAAGAGCACCGUGCCGUUGGAGUACGAUACACAGUAUUUUACAGCGCAAAUUCAUUUGGAUCAGGAUCCCAUUUCGGCCAGGCACCCGGAUACGGUCUGGGUCAAGAUCGCGGCUGACUUUAAAUAAGUGAGUUUCUUAGGAUUUUGAAAACAAAUUUCACGACUGAUGAG